CCAAGUUACAGCCAUGGCUAUGGCAGCUUUGCUUUGGUCAUUUCGACACCGCGACGCCAUCUCUGUACCUCUCUCUGCUUACAGAUGCCUUACUAGCAGUGGCAACAGCUCAGCCGGAAUUAAUUGGACAAGUUUUUCAAGAGCUUUUAGUGCAAAACCUGCAGGAAAUGAUGUUAUUGGUAAUGAUUUGGGGACAACCAACUCCUGUGUUGUUGUCAUGGAAGGAAAGAAUCCCAAGGUUAUUGAGAACUCGGAGGGUGCACGGACUACACCAUCUGUUGUUGCCUUCAACCAAAAGAGAAGAAGUAGCACGGGCACCAUUGUUGCUGACUCAACAUGCUAA